UUAUUUUUUAUAUUUUUUUUAAUAAUAAUCAAACAAACAUGGAUAUGCCCGAAGUUACUAGAUGUUUUGGUACUUUUCCUCCAAAACACGCGACUUAUUUGAUCGCUUUAUUUGGCCUAGGAUCUGGAGGGGUCGGGUUGGCAGGAAUAAUACUCUACGGUAUUAUCGAAAAUGCUUUAUUAGUGUAUGUACUAGGACGCCGUGGAAUAAACGUGGAUGAAAGUUUAAAAAAAGCUGUAUUAUUAACGAUUGGCUUGUCAUCUUUACUAUUGACGGUAGGGAACGCACUUUUAUUUCUGGGUGCUACUACACAAUCCCGAGGUGCUUUGUCUGUUGGCGUCUAUACUUUAUUAGCGAUGUGUUUAAUUCUUUUAUUUGGGGCCAUAAGCGCUCCUGUGUCAUGUUUCUUCUUUAAAACCGCAUGUCUAAUAAAGAAAAUAUCAACUGCUACGAUGGUUCUAAGUUCUAUUGUUUUGACUAUAUUUAUCGAGGUAUGGCUUUACUUUUUGGUUGUCGCCCAUAAUUAUUUAAUACAAUUAUGAAGUGCUUUAAAAUGAGAAUUUUAUGCUGUGACCUCUUAAAUGUAUAUUAUAUAAUGUAAAUUUAGAGGAGUGUCUAUACGUAACUCAUACAUAGAAAUGUAUUUAUA